UGUUCACAGAAAUCGUGUGUGUGUGUGUGUGUGUGUGUGUGUGAUGACUACAGAAACACAAAUUAUUGACAGUGACCUGUGUGAACAUACAAAGUUAGUUAGGUUUAGGAAAAGAUUGUGAACUACUUAGUUAGCUACGUAGAUACCUAUGAAUUAAGUACACAUAUUUUUCGUCGGUAUAGCUACGAACGCUGGAUAAGACCCGCCUGCCUCCAGCCAUGUCAUCAUUUUAAGUCUCCACCCACCUGUCGGUUUAAUCAAUGCUCCCGUCUAAUUAAAAACUGCUGGUUUGCAGAAGCCAGAACUGGAGCAGAGGUCACCGCCUCUCCACAUGAAAAUAUACGUAUGUGUUGUACAUUUCUACAAGAGGCAGGGCCUCAGGCAUGCUACUUGGACUAAAUAUAGGGGUUAAAGAGUAGAGUGGUAUGGGGGGGUAUUCAGGGACAGGAGCAGCUGCUGGCUUCAGUCGAACACAUUGAGCCAUCAGUCGUUUCCAAACCAACACACUGUACAAAACAUCCAUCAUGAUCCAACAUUCAUUCAUUAAAAGGCCCUGAUCCUAAAGUAGUGCCUCUCUAGACAGGCGGGUGAGGGUAGUUGGGGUACUUAAGGACGCUAUGGUGGGUAGAGUGGAUCCUCCUCGACUUUCAAGCCUAUGAAGCUAUUUAGAGUGUUGAUGGACAAUGUUAGCAUAGCUUUAUACCAACUGAUCCAAGCUCCAUUCAGAAAACAGCAGCGUUGUUAAAGUUGUUUAAUUGUCGUCAUGCGGAAGAAGAUUUUGUGUAGUGGCCAAAUGGUGAAUUACAAUUUACAACAUGAUGCCAUGGAGCCCAAAAAGAUUUUCCCAUUGACUUAUAUUGGGAACAAGAUGUCUGUAACUAAGAGGAUUUUUGUAUUUUUUAGGUAAAUCAACUUCCUAGUAUGAACACAUGAACAGCCCUUGUUUAAAUAAUAAGGUCCUAAAAGUUAUAAAAUGCACUAAUAGUCGAAACCAGAGUUAUUUUCCUUUCUCCAUUGACGUGAAUAAGAACGAGGCCGGACCGAGGGGGGCUGGGAGGCGGGGCUAAAGGAGACGAUAGUGCUCUAUGGCCCCCGUAAUGUGGAAGAUCCGGGUAUUUAUCGACUCGGAAGUUGAACUUCUUUAGCUUCACGCGCCACUGAGCAACUUUCAUUUCUCUUUCAAACUCGUGCAAGCGACGCAAGACGAAAAAUGAGAAGCCCCGAAAGCUUGUCCUUGCAGUAUUUAUAGGUGCGGCUUCAUGACUAUGUUAUAUUUAACACAUUCAUGUGUAUUUAUGAGCUGCCCAUCAAUAAGUGACAAAGCAAGUCCGUGACUUCGUCAAACUGUGAGCUAAAAAGCAUUAUCUUAUCUUAAAGACCUUGAAUUAAUCAGCACACUGAAUACAUAGGAACUACUGUGAACUUGGCACACAUCAUGCUCACAUUCAUCCGUUAGUGCCGUGGCUGAUCAGAGAGCUAAAACAGUGUCACUUUGACACUCCGUCAGUCGCCUCUAUAAAGAGCUUCAGAUCUCAGUCGCAGUCAAUGUUUAGACUCUGCUGCCCAUGGGAAAGUAAAGAGGGCAGCUGCUGCAAUGUUUAAUCCCCCCCCCCGAAAAACACGCCAGCACUGUGUAAUCAGACCAGACAACUGUGGCUUCUUUGCAUUUGUCACCGUGGAGCUGCAGAAUUACUCCUAAGCUGCUGUUGAUGUACAUGAAAUCGCAGCUGUUAGCGUGAACAUAUACAAAUAACGGAAAAUUAUGAGUCGAUCUGACAAAGCAGAGCAUGACUUGGACGGGGAUUUCCAUCAUCCUCUGCUUUGCGUCUUCCCAAUAUGUCCGAGUGUCGCCUUGCAAAGAGUUCUUAUUUUUAGCUGGGGGUUGGUUCAUGUGAGCAUUGCCGCUCCCAUCUGAGUUGACUGCCUGUCCCACAUCCCAAUGAGGGCUGAAUUCAGGUUCCGUUUUGGAUCCUGAAGCCUUUUUUAAGAGGUGUAGGUGGAGUUUCCCCUUCCUCCCAUCCCCAGACCUGAGUUUGGGUCACUGCGGUUGGGUGUUGACUCUCUCCGGUCUCCCUGCUGGUAACUUUACUGGUCCUGGUCCCCUUCACCCGAACUAAACCACACGUCUUCGACCGUUAAAAUAAACUCGAAGUGAGAGAUCUUCCCCCCGCAAUGGAUCAGCACAAGUAUCGCACGGCGGGCGUCCAGGAGAAGCUGGAGAUUGUCGGGGUGGAGGACGAGGCCGGGAACCCCAUCAGUGCCCUGACCAUCUUGUCUCUGCUGGAGCGCGUGGCCGGCAUCAUCGACAACGUCCAGUCCUGCCAGCAGCGCAUGGAGGAGCGUCAGCUGGACCUGGAAAACAACAUCAAGACCAUCCAGGGCGACGUCAUGAAACUGGCCAAGGACCACACCGACACCAGCGGCACGGUGGAGAAGCUCCUGCAGAAGACCCGCAAGGUCAGCGCCAACGUCAAGGAGGUGCGGGCGCGCGUGGAGAAGCAAAACGUUCGCGUCAAGAAGGUUGAAUCCACGCAGGAUGAGCUGCUCACCCGCAACAAGUUCCGUGUCGUCAUCUACCAG